GCUGGGUAUUUGAAUUGUCGCUGACAUCACACUCUCGAGCUAAAGGUCUAAACAAGCUAAAAGCCAUCUUUCAGUGGCUUUACCCAAAUUGACAGACAGCAACCUACAGACUUAUGUCUGUAUCAUAGCAGUCUGUAUUUCCAGGUUUAACUGACAUUGAAUUACAGUGAAGCCAUGCAGAGGCCAUUCGAACGUCUUGCGGCCCAGAUGCAAGAUCUUUUGGGAGAUGGAGGAAUUUUGAAAAAGGUUAUUCAGCCUGGAGAAGGACCUCUUAUCCCAAGGGAUGCGUCAGUAUCAGUAAAUCUUUCGGGAUAUCUUGAAUACUGUGAUGACCCGUUCGAGACCACCAACAAAUUGAAACAUCCUAGAAUGAUGAAGCUAGGAAGAGAUGUGACACUGUGGGGACUGGAAGUAGGCCUCCUGACCAUGAAGAAGGGCGAGUUGGCCCACUAUCUCUUCAAGCCCAAAUAUGCAUAUGGGGACAUGGGCUGUCCUCCUCUGAUACCAUCAUCUGCCACCGUGUUUUAUGAAGUUCACGUGAUUGACUUCUUGGACUCAGCCAAGGUUGACGAAUUCUUUGCAAUGUCACCGGAGGAGCAGAAUGAUGUCCCUUUGGCCGCACUCCUUGACGUCGUCAAUACACAGCGCUUUUUCGGCAAUCGCUGCUUCAGGCAGAGUCGCUAUGAGGAUGCCAAAGACCGCUACAAACAGGGCGUGACGCUCCUUGAGAACCGCGAGGUGCUGAGAGAGGAGGAGAAGCGCAGCGUUGAGGCAGCACUGGUGGGCAUUCUGCUCAAUCUUUCGCUGACCUACUUUCGACUGGAAAGGCCGACCACAUCCUUGAAGUAUGGGCAGAGGGUCUUGGAAAUGGAUCCCAACAAUACCAAAGCACUCUACCGCUGUGGCCAGGCUUACCUUGAACUUGAGGAUCAUGAAAAGGCUGCGGAUUUCCUCACAAAGGCACAGAUAAAAAUGCCAUUCAACAAGGACAUCAACAACCUACUGCUGAAACUACAAGAGUCCUACAGUAAAUGCUUGGAGAAAGAGAAAGAAAUGUGCUCCAAGAUGUUUGCAAACCUGAAAAUGUCAAGACACUGAGAGUAAAAGAAGGGUUCACCUAAGCAAAUUUUGUU